CUUUUUUUCCCCUUUAAGGGAACACUUUUUUAUUUUCGAGAAAAUUACGAACUUGGUAGCCUUAAAGGGCAUUUCAUGUAAAGAACAUCUAAAUAUAUCUGCAUCUUUUUUGUCCAGUUGAGGGGUGAUUUAUUGAUUUCAAUUUGAUGACGAUUGGGCUCUACAGCGCCGCGUGAGGGGGGAAACGCCCAUUGAGGACCCAAUAAAUCUGUCGGGAGGAAAGGCUAUCGGUGAGCGCGUGUGUUAGAAUAAACGCGCUGUGAGGAGAGGAAGUAUAUGAGCCAAUCUGAGCAAAUUCAACGCAAAGAUGCGGUCCACAUAUAUAUUUAUGGUCUUGAUAAUUUGGAAUGUACAAUAUUCUGCAUCAACUACUGCUUCCCAGAAUUCACCUCCACCUGCCCUAACCACAACCACAGUAUCGACAAAUGCUACUAAUACACUAAAUAAUACAAUAGAAAGUUCAACAACUGAAAUCUUGAAUUCUACUGCGAGCACCAGUGACCCUCCUACAAGCUCAACAGUUGCCGGAACCACUACAACUACUGGUGAUAAUUCACCAAUUAGUAUGAUAACCUCUAGUGAUAUGUCAUCAAAUGCACCAACAACUGUGUCAGACGUAUCGAAUGUAUCAGAAUCAACAACAGAAGGAGCUACCACCAAUGACUUAAAUUCAACUGUAAGUUCAAAUGCGACCGAAGCAGCAACACAUACGACAACAACAGCACAAACCAUAUCAAUGGAGACACCAGAUACAAAUACGAACUUAACUUUAGAAAACGAAACCACUACUGUAGUAACACCUGCAACAAACAAUAUAACGACUACUUUAAAAGGAACGUCUGCAUCGUCUUCAAUAAAUACAGACGCGGAUACGUUUACUGAUAAUAGCACAUCCAUAGCCGUAACAUCUACAACAACGUCUUUAGCGACAUCAGUUACAGAAAAUCCAUCCUCUCCAUCAAAUACAACAAUGCAGGUCUCAAUAUCAGGUACCUCAAGUACCCCUGUAGCAACAGUACCAACAGACAAUAGCACAACAACCAAUGCGCCAGACUCAACGGGGUUGACAACAACAACAGUACCAACAGACAAUAGCACAACAACCAAUGCGCCAGACUCAACGGGGUUGACAACAACAACAGUGACGGGCUCAACAUCAGGUUCCUCAGCUACCCCUAUAGCAACAGAUAAUAGCACAACAACCAAUGCGUCAGACUUAACGAGGUCGACAACAACAACAACAGUGCCGGACUCAGCAUCAGGUUCCUCAGCUACCCCUAUAACAACAGUAACAACAGAUAAUAGCACAACAACCAAUGCGUCAGGCACAACAUCAGGUACCGCUUCAGCAACUGUAACGACAGAUGAAAACACAGGCGAGGUAUCAAGCACAAUAUCAAAUACCUCUCCAAUAGUAACAGAUGAAAACACAACAAGCGAUGGUCAAACGACAACUAAUGGUACUAUGUUGACUUCGGACUUACCGUCUACAUCACAACCGUCAACAACACCAACAACCACACCCUCCACAACAAUCGGUAUAAAUGGAAACUAUACUAUUAAUACAGAUAGCGCCUUUUUGACUUUCCCAAUUAAUGUCACAUUCCCAGAUAAAUGUGUUGAAAAAGACCAAGCUCAAGAGAAUAUAACCAAAGCCUUGUCGGUUCUUAACAUAACAGUGGUACCUGUUUAUGUUUUGCCGUGCACCAGGAAUGAUACACGGAGACGGAAGCGGUCUGAUAAAAUUAUUAAAACAGAAGGAAUGUUAUUUGACGCAGUUGUUAGGGCCAAAGAUUUUUUUGGCAAUCCAACCGCCGAGUCUACAAUAAAUAAUUCUAUCACAAAGGCGUUUAACAAUAAAGUUGAAGUAGACACGAAUGCUGCAUCGGAAUUGACGAUGUGCGAUACAGACGUUUGUCGAGAAGCUAGCUUAAAAUACAAAGGAUUUACUUGCAAGUCUGGUAACGUUUCUAAUAGCGACUGCAUAUUUACAUCCAUGUGUACAAAUCAUGACUGUGAUUAUGGAGAUUGUGAAGUAAAAGCCAAUGGUUCACACUACUAUAGAGUUUGCAUUUGUCAAGAAGAAGACAUGUACAAGUACACCGAGUCUGCAGAUAAAUGUGUUAAGGGGGAUCUUUCGUAUAAGGCCUGGAUGAUCAUCGCCGCCGGAGCGGGGGGACUCAUCAUCCUCAUCCUCCUCUUCGCAGUCGUCAUACAGUGUGCGAGGAGGAAAAGGGAGUCCUCCAAUCCGGAGAAGUACGUCUAUGAUGCGGGGUACAGUGACCGCGAGACGUUGGUGCAAGACAGAAGUUAUGACCACAUUGAUCAAUAUCACAGGAAACCUUCCUUUAAAGUAGAAGACCGGAGGAUUCAAACGAGCUUACAAACAUUUGACAACCAAGGGUACGACCAUUGGGACCCUGAUGAGAGUAAAGAAACCUACCAAUCAAUGGAUAGACACUUCCAGAAUCCUAACUUUCAAGCUCAGAUCACAAGACCUAAGCUUACAACAAGUAGAUACGGCGAAGAUAAGCUGACCCCGUUUUGAUUUAGAGGGAACUGGAAACCUUCCUACAAAUAUUGCUCCGUCCGCGCCUAUGCAUCUUAGAAAUAGGGCAUCGCAAGGAAGAAGGCAAACAUUGCUCAUGCAGAAAAAAGGCUUUUUAAAUGUACAUUCCUUUUGCAAUCAACCUCUUGGCUUAUAGUGAGGUUUGGAUAUUGGAUUAUAAUACUUAUUCGAACUUUUGAAUAAAAAAUAUGAGUAAUCUUACCAACUUUAUAAAAGAGGAAUCAUUUUGUAGACAACAAUCUUUUGAUUUUGCAAUUUUGUAUGAAAUUAAAGGAGUGUUUUUUACAAGUGCUGAGUGCGACAGUAUGUAUGUUAGAUGUGUCGGUUCUUGCAUAUCCAUGAACAAUGUAUAAUCAAAUUAUUUGACCUGCUUGAAGAGAAUCAUUAUGAUAAUCAAAACUCAUUGUAUUCUUUUGUACUUAUUAUGUUUAUCAAUACAGUGUACAUAGAAAAUUAAAUUUGACUGUUAUACUUUA